AUGACUACGCAGCAACUCCAUGAAAAUGACCGGCAACCUAGUCUUUCGGUCGUCGGUAUUGGUCUUCGCCUACCUGGUGCCCGCGACAAGAGGGAGUUCUUUGAGCUGCUGAAGGAAGGAAGAUCCGCCAUUUCUCGCGUGCCUGACAACCGCUGGAACCCUGAUCGCAUGACUGCACCCGGAGGUAUUCCAGGAAAGGUAGUCACGGACCUAGGUGGCUUUGUUGAACCGCACACCGACAUUGACCUACUUGAGUUCGGUAUCUCGCCCGCAGAGGCCAAGUCGCUUGACCCUCAUCAGGCCAUGCUGGUUGAAGGCGUCUUCCAGGCUCUAGAAGACUCGGGUGUGCAUUACCGUGGCACCAACACGGGUGUGUUUGUGACUGGUUCACCAGAUGUUCACAACCUCGGCAACGAUAUGUACAACAUGGGCCCCUACAGUGCUACAGGAGCCGCUUUCUCAAUGCAGGCCAACCGUCUGUCGUACAUGUUCGACCUGCGUGGUCCCUCGGUGUACCUUGAUACUGCUUGUUCAUCGAGUAUUACGUGUCUUCACCUUGCUCGCACGGCGAUUUUACGUGGCGAUUGUGACAUGGCUGUAGUUGCCGCUGUGAAUGUCAUUCUGGCACCACACGCGUCGCUGUCGUUCUCGACACUGGGUACUCUGUCGCCUACAGGUAUCUGCCACACGUUCGACUCAUCGGCUGAUGGAUACUCCCGUGGCGAGGGCUGCACCGUCAUUAUUCUUCAGCGUACCAAGGAUGCUAUCGACAGGGGCAGCCACAUUUACGCUGAGAUUACUGGUACUUCCAUCAAUGCGAACGGUAAGGGUAAGUCGAUCACGAUGCCUGAUGGCCCGCAACAAAAGGCUGCUACGUACGCAGCAUACCGCGACGCGGGACGUGAGCCACACGAGGCUGCAUACGUUGAAUGUCACGGUACGGGCACGCCUGUGGGUGACCCCAUUGAAGCCAACGCUGUCGGUGAGGUGUUUACGCCGGGACGGGCUGAUGGCGAUUAUCUCCGCAUUGGCUCAGCUAAGACGAAUGUUGGUCACUUGGAGCCAGCUGCUGGUCUGGUCGGUCUGAUCAAGAACUGCUACACGCUCGACAUGGGUCUUAUGCUGCCCCAUUUGCACUUUAAGAACCCCACUCCUCGUAUUCGCUGGAAUGAGUUCAAGAUUAAGGUGCAGACGGAAACUGAGCCCCUGCCACCCAGCAAGUUGACGAAAGAAGGCAAGUUUAUCGUGUCGCUCUCAUCGUUUGGUUUCGGCGGUGCCAACAGUCACACUGUUAUGGAGCGUGUGCCGAAUAAGGAGCCUGGCAACAAAACAGUCGCGCUGACGGACAAGGACCCGAUGUUGAUUUCGGUGGGUGCCCUUUCAAACCGUGCUGUGACGAAACUCUCUGAGUCUUUGCAGGAAGUUUGGCCUGGCAUCAAGGACCCUCUUAAGGCUUCGCUUUUGGCGCGCACCAUGACGGAGCGUGCUCGUGGUCACCCCAACACAGCAUUUGCCGUGGCUUCUAUGGGUGAGCCGCUGUCAUUCUCUGACACAAUGGUUACGUCGACUCCCGACUUGAAUCCGAUCAAGGCAUUUGUUUUCUGUGGUCAGGGUCCUCAGCACGAGCACAUGGGUGUGCACAUGUACACUCGCUUUGCUGCGUUCCGUAACUCUGUGAAUGCUAGUUUCGAGAUGGUGGCCAAGUUCCACAAGAAAAACUUCCAGGACGAGUACGGUUUGUUCAACCCAGAACUGAACGGCAAGGUGGCCAAGACCGACAAGGGUGACUGGAAGGUCGAGUGCAUUGUCAUUGCCAUCACUAUUUUCCAAAUUGCCCUGUUCGAUUUGUGGGUCGACCUCGGUGUGCAGCCCGAUGUCGUCCUGGGUCACUCGGUUGGUGAGAUUGCAGCAAUGUAUGCUUCAGGUGCUCUGACCCAUGAAAAAGCUAUUCGUACGGCUAUUGCACGUUCGAAUGCUCUUUCGCUGCUUGACACGAUCGAUGGACAGAUGGCUGCGCUUGGUAUGAGCCGACAAGAGGCUGAGCAGCUCAUUCAGCGUAUUAUGAAAGAGAAUGGCACUGAUACAGGUUUGUGGGUUUCUGCCUCGAACUCGACCAACGCUGUUGCAGUUUCGGGUAAGACAAGCUUGUUGGAGCAGGUUGUGGCGGACUGUGAGUCGAAGCAAACCUUUGCCCGUCUCUUGCGUGUCGGUGGUCCAUACCACUCUCCGAUGGUAUCGCCAUGUGGUGAACCUUUCCUCAAGGAGGUGUCGCCCGUCAUUAAUAAUGGCGAGAACAUUCCCAAGACCCGAUUUAUUUCAACGGUUGAGGGUCGCAUGCACGAGCCUGGCCGCAAUCUCGACGCCCAGUACUGCUGGCAGAAUGUCAGUCGUCCUGUCAUGUUCCGUGAGUCGAUUGAGGCACUCAACGAAUACCGCAAGAAGGAGGACCGUGGCUUACUGAUCAUCGAGAUUGCGCCUCACACGGUGCUUGGCUCGUACAUGGAUGAAAUCCUGCGUGCCGCCAAUGCAGAAAACACCACGAUCGUGGCAUCUGGUCGCCGCCCCAACUACAAGAAAGGCGAGACAGGCGCUACCAAGGUUGAGAUCACGCAACUCCUUACGGCCGUUGGCACCUCGAUUCAGUCUGGUGUGCGCGACCUGAAGGUUUACAAGCUUUACAGUGACGAAUUUAUUGACAUGCCUAUGGGAGCUAACGCGACGCUCGAUGAACUGCCAUCGUACCCAUUCCUGCCGCUCAAGAAGGCGCCACAUGAAACGAACAUUUUCGAAUACGUGCGAUGCCACCCACCUGUGCCGCCACUGGCGACCGGUAUGAUUCGCAUUAAUGCGCAAACACACUCUUGGACCAAGGGUCACAAGAUUCGUGGCACGAUUGUAUUCCCUGGUGCUGGUUACGCCGAAGCCGCACUUGAAAAUGGCGCUCGCACUAUCACCAACAUGCGUAUCCUGCGUGCAUUUGUACUUGAAGAAGAGGGCGCACCAAAGCACGCCCAAUUCAAGCUCACGGGUAUCAACAAUGGCUGGGAAUUCCGCUCGUCGGGUAAAGGUGCGUUCAACGACACGGGUCUCUUGUACGACCAACUGCAUGCCAGCGGUCAGAUGUGGCCCGAAAGUACGCCAAUUGGUCCAGCAAAUAUCAAGGAGCUGUUUGGUGACAAUUGGAUUGAGGACUUUGACAUUAUUAUGGACGGCGAGACAUUUUAUUCGCGUCUGCGCCCGAACGGCUCUAUGCACACGGGAGCGUUUGGUCUGAUCAACGAAGUUCGUGGUUCUACGAAGCGUGAAGAUGACUACCUGGCAUUUGUCGAUGUGCCAGAAGACCUGUGGACAAGUCAUGAAGCGUACGGCAUGGUAUUCCACCCAGGUUUGCUUGACUCGGCAUUCCUUUGCACGUGGAUUCCUGCCUUGUCAUUUGAGGGUCAAAAGCUUGGUGUGGACGCUUUCCUACCGAAUCAUCUCGAUAUUUUAUCGGUUCGCGGAACAGUGGAUGAGAUUCACAACGCUAAGCGCUUGGUCCUGCACGUUCAGACUCUUAUCAGCAACGACACCGACAUUAAGCACAAUGUGCUCAUGUUUGACCGUGAUACAGGCAAGACGUUAGCCUUCCUCAAGGGUCUCGAGUGUAAGCGUAUCAAGGACACGGGACGAGUUCGUGAGGGCUACACGGAAAGUUGGGAGCCGCGUGCGUUUGACGCCUCGCCCUCGCUCAUGGAGGCUUGUACGAUGGAGACAAGCGUGGCGUCUAAGUUCCUCGAGAACAUGAAAGGUGAUGAUCAGUCAGGUGUGGUCUCUGAAGCCCUUAAGCUGGGCUCGGUGUCUGGUACACCACUCCAGGAUGCCCUGUUUGACGUGCCGAGUGUGUCACUUGAGCUUAACGACGGUAUGGUUGCCCUGGUUGAUCGCCUGAUAAUGUCGUCGGUGAGCAAAACACCGCGUCGCGUAUUCCGUGUACUCGAAAUGUACGCGCGCCACCGCAAGGUAAGCAUGCAGCCGAUCGUGGCUAUGAUGGAGCGUCGAGGCAUUUAUGUGGACCUCGUCCGCCUCAACGUUGCUAAUGACCUGCGUGGAAGUGACGAGUUCCUCACCGGUCCCUAUGAUAUUUCCGCAUCCGUGGAGGAAUUCGAACGUGCGGUGCCCGCUUCGUUCGACGUUGCGAUUGCUUCUGACGUGUUGCGUGUGUCAAGUGACAUCAAGUCAACGAUGCAAAGCAUCGAGGAACUGCUUGUCCCUGGUGGUGUGGCGAUGUAUUGCGAGGUCACGCCGUCGACGCCAUUUGGUAAGCUGUUUUACAGUCAAGCGCCGGCGCCGCUCUCUUCUUUGAGUCUGCAACCGUUCGGGGCAAGCCCGCUUUUCUCGCUUGGCUACGUGCGUCGUGACGAGAAGGCUUGGCCGGCGAUUCCCGCCAUCCCCAGCAAGCCAUCAGCGGACGAGAGCAGCUUGUUCAGCUCACUGUCUGACGAUGAGCUCGUGUACUUCCAUCAACUUGGCACUGAGUAUCUCCUCCCACAGGCCGUGCGUGACUUUUAUAAGACUGACACGCCGGUCGGCAAAGUGUGGAUCGUGGCGGACGAUACAGUCGAAGGUGCUGCUGCGUUGGGUCUCGCAGGCACCUUGACCAACGAGAUGCUUACUGUCAAGGGCAUCUACAUUGCUGUUGACCCAAGCAUGCCGCGUGUCCAGCGUGCUGGUCUCCUCGAUCUUUUGCAUGAUCAUGAGGAAGAGGGCUCGCUUGAGAUGUUUAACGCGAUUCGCAAUGGUCGUUUGUACGGACGUCGUCUGGUCAAGCAGCCCGAGGUGCAGCCCGCGAACCUUGGCCGCCGCGACUGGGUACUGGAAAACAUCCAAGGCCAGACCGCCAGUAUCAAGACCUUGGCUCCCCACAUGCACUUCGUACCGAACCCGUCGGACCACGAUGUGAUUGUGCAGACAGAUGCUGUGGCUCUCAACUUUAAGAACGUGCUUUCGGCUAUUGGUCUGCUGCCUGCCGAAGACUGCUUGUCUGAGUUCUCUGGCAUUGUGCGUGAGGUCGGCCCCAAGGUAACACGUGUGCGUGUUGGUGACCGUGUGAUGGGCACAUCGGGCGGCGUGCGCGAAGGUAUCGUGGCGACGGCUUCUGAGUUUGCUAUGACCAAGGUGCCUGCGAACAUGACGCCACUUCAAGCUGCUGCUUUCCCCAUUGCCUACGGCACCGUGUGGCACGGCCUGGUGCAGCUUGCUCAGAUCCGUCCGGGUGAGACAAUCCUGAUUCACGCUGCCGCCGGUGGUGUGGGUCUGUGUGCCAUCCAGAUCGCUCAGCGUCACGGACUUGAAGUCUUCUGCACGGUGUCUUCGAAGGAGAAGCGUGACUUUAUCCAUAACCACCUUGGCGUGCCGUACGAAAAUAUGGCCAACUCGCGCUCCAUCGGCGAGUGGACCCAGGGCGGUCGUGACUGGCUUGCUAAGCGUGGUAAGACUGGCUUCGACGUUGUGCUGAACUCGCUGCAAGGUUUGGCUCUGCAGGCGGGUAUUGAUGUGCUCGGAUAUCUUGGUCGUUUCGUCGAUAUCUCGAAGCGUGACCACCUUGCCGGCAAUCCUAUGUCGAUGAGCAGCUUCCUCAAGGCCAUCAACUACAUCGCUGUCGAGCUGGGUCUGCUGGGACGCCAUGCGCCCGAGCGCAUGGCUUCGCUUCUUGACGAGGUCGCUGCUGUGCAUGCUCGUGAGCCAUUCAAAGUUAUGUACAACCACGUCUUCGAGGGCGCCAAGGGUCUCAUUGAGUCGUACGAGCUUAUGGAGUCAGGUAAGCACAUCGGUAAGAUUGUGACAGACUUGUCUGCGUGCUGCCAAGAGCAGGCCUCCGAGAAACUGUGGGACCCAACUCAUAUUUUCGACCCACGCAAGUCGUACGUGCUUGUCGGUGGCUGUGGUGGUCUUGGACCACGUCUGGCUGGUUUCUUGAUCAACUACGGCGCACGCAACAUUAUUAUGACUGGUCGUCGAGGUCACAUUAGUCGCUCGGACCGCCUGGCUCUCGAGCGUCUUGUCAGUGACCCGGCGUUCCCGCACGUCACGAUCAAGAUCAUGGCAGCUGAUGCACUCAAGCCUGAGGCGAUGAGAGACGUUUUCGCCACAGCCAACUCGCUUGGCCCAUUGGGCGGUAUAUUCCUCAUGUCAGUGGUGCUGCGCGACGAUCAAUUCCUCAAUAUGGACAAGGAGAAGUUUGAUACUGUUAUGAACUCCAAGAUUGGUGCCCUCAAUGUAAUCCGUAACACUAUCGACAUUGAUGCACUCGAUUUCUUGUUCUUGUUCUCGUCGACCUCGGCCCUCUUCUUCAACCCAGGUCAAAUCAACUACAAUGCUGCGCAGACGUACUUCAACCGCUUUGCUUGUGAGCACAAGAAUGUGAUCUCCUACGCCGUCCCGGCCAUUUCAGAUAUUGGUGUGUACGCUGAGUUGCGUUCACGUUCGUCGAGUGCUGCUAUGAAGGUUAUGGAUGCUCUUGCUUGCCCGUCUCGUGAAUUGUGUGAGUCAGUGAUGCACUCGCUCGGUCGCUGCAUGCUGGGCGGUUCGAACCACGCCGGCUACUUUAUACAGACCACGCAAUGGGACAUCAUGAACGAGAUCUCGCUCGCUAACGCCUGGAGUAUCUCUCAUCUCUUGGAGCAUCACGAUGAUGACGGUGACAAGCAAGAUGAAAGCGUGGAAGACGCUGACCCAGUCGGUGUGCUUGUGGGUAAACUGCUCAACGUUGAUAUCACCACGGUCGAUGACACUAUGUUCCUCUCGACGCUGGGUCUGGACUCGCUGUCAGCCUCGAAGUUGAGUGCCAUCCUGCUCGCCGAGUUCGGCACGACAUUCACGCAGCUCCAGCUCCUCGGUCCUGUGUCGGUGUCGACGCUGCGACAAGUUGUGGCUGAGACGCAGGCUGCCAAGGAGGGUGACGCUGCUGCUCCGGCUAAGAAGGGUGGCGCCCCCAGUAAGAGCAAGCAAGCUAAGAGCAAGGCCAAGACGCCUACCGACAAAGGCGUGGACAACAGUGCUCUUUUGGCCUUUGACUAUGCGUCGCAGCCUGACAAGCUUGACGACUUGCGUCCAUCUCUCGACGGUCUUGUGCCUUUCGAUCCGAGUGUUCUCUCGCCUGACCGUGAGCCCAAGGUACUAGUCACGGGUGCGACUGGGUACAUGGGUGCCACAGUGCUUGAAUCGGUGCUCGAGGCAUUCCCACUCGCAAAGGUGUACGCCUUGGUGCGUGGUGUGUCCUCGGCAGAGGCCGGUCUGACGCGCAUAAAGGAGGUGGCUACUAAGCGCCACCUCAAGACACUCAACCAUAUUGGCCGCGUGACAGCUGUGCCUGGUGACGCGAGCAAGCCCAAGCUAGGCAUUUCGAACGCCGAGUAUGCCGUGCUCGCUAGCGAGUUGGAUUUGAUUGUGCAUGCCGCCGGCAAGGCCGACCACCUGAUGGGCUACCAGGCCAUUGUGAAUGACAAUGUUUUAUCGACUCUCGAAGUCCUUCGCCUCGCCUCUGAGCAAAAGGUCAAGGCUGUUGUCAACAUCGGUUCGACCAACAUGUGGCUUUCGUUCUCGAACAAGGAGAAGAACGAUGAGGUGAUUAAGGAAGACGUGGACCUUGACGCGCUAAGCACGGGCUUGUUCAACGGCUACUCACAGAGCAAGUGGGUAUCGGAGCAGCUUUGUCUACGUGCCAGCAAGCGUGGCGUGCCGGUCAUUACGGUGCGUCCUGGUGUACUGGGUGGUAAUGCCCGCUCCAAGUACGUGCCAAAUGAGGACAGCUUCAUGUGGCGCAUGUUUGUGGGCUGUCAACAGCUUGGCUAUGUUCCCAACUUGAGCUCCAGUGCGAUGACCGAGACGCCUGCGGACUGGUUCUCUGAGAUCUUUGGUAAACUCAUCUCGUCGCCGCGCACGUGGAAGAGCAACUACCAUGCAUUCCAUAUCCGCAACGAACGUCCGGUCGAAAUGGACACCAUGCCUACUUUGGCGGGCCACACACGCCCUAAGGCCGUGUCGCACGAUGCUUGGGUCGAUGCCUUUAACAAGGAAGCCAGCAACCCACACUCGACGAACCUUUUGACACCUCUGCGUCACUUUGUGGCUAAGGGCGAGCUGGCUCACCUACCACACUUUGACCAAUCGCGUACGAAGGAGGUUCUGGGUGACGCUUGGAGCGAAUGCCCACCAUACCAAUUUGACUUUGCACUUUGA